CUCACAUCCACUCUUCAUUCCAAGAAACAAAUAAAUCCCAAGAGAAAAGAAAUUAAGAAGCUAUGGCGACCCUUGUUUCUCCUGAUCAUGUUUCUUACGACGAUGAUGCUCAAGCUCUGAAAAAAGCCAUUGGAGGUUACUGCAUUCAUAAAUCCUUGUCCUCUGUUCUACGUCAAGCUAGAACCUUGUGCCCCCUGUUUUUCUUCUGCAUCAUCCCACCUAUUCUUUUCUUUUUUACGUAUCUAUCUGCUAUAGCUUUGAUUCUCCGAAUACUCGGAUGGGGCACUGAUGAGAAGGCAAUAGUGUCAGUUCUAGGGCACAGAACAGCCGCUCAAAGGAAGCAGAUCAAGCAGGCCUUCUGGGAUCGUUAUCAGGAAGAUCUCAUCAAGCGUCUGGAAUCCGAACUCACCGGGGAUUUCGAGAAAGCUGUUUACAGGUGGAUGCUGGAUGCCGACGACAGAGACGCGGUGUUAGCCAAUGUGGCAAUGAGAAAAUCCCUGGAUUACCAUGUCAUUGUCGAGUUUUCCUCCGUCUACUCUGCUGACGAGCUGCUCAAUGUCAGGAAGGCUUAUCAUGCUCGUUACAAGAAAUCCCUUGAAGAGGAUUUGGCUACUAAUGCCUCCGGAAAUGCCAGAAAGCUGCUGGUUGGGCUGGCCACUGCGUACAGGUACGAAGGGACUGAGAUCAAUGCGGCGCUGGCCAAGAAGGAAGCCGACAUCCUUCAUGAUGCUGUGAAAGACAGUGAGUCUCACGGUGAAGAGUUCAUCAGGAUUGUUACUACCAGGAGCAAGACUCAGCUCUUGGCUACUUUCAAUGCUUACAGACAACUCUAUGGCAACUCCAUCACCAAGGCGUUGCAGACUGAUCCAGCUGAUGAGUUCAAGACACUGCUUCGAACAGCCAUUCGAGGCCUUACCGAGCCUUACAAGUACUAUGAAAAGAUUCUACGCAAUGCAAUUCAGAAGCGAGGGACUGAUGAAGAUGCUCUCACCCGUGUGAUCGUGACGAGAGCUGAGAAGGACUUGAAGCAUAUCAAGGAGGAGUAUUACAAGCGGAACAGCGUCUCUCUCAGCCAAGCUGUGGCUAAGGAGACUUCUGGGGAUUACAAGUCAUUCCUGCUUGCUCUUCUGGGAGAUGAGAAAUAAACUGAGUUUCUAAUUUUAUUGUUGCUCUCAACAAUGCUCGUCUGUCUUUCUGGGAACUGAGUUACUGUUGUUCUGUUUCUGUGAUUUGAGUGCCUCUUUUUCAUUAUGGAUGGACCCUUCUCCUGUGUUGUCUGGAAUGUUAAAUGUGAACUGCUUUGUGGACCAUCUCCUGUUUCACUCUCGAUUUCUCAAUGCUCAGUGUCACAGCCAACGUGUUAUUGAGAAUCGUCUUGGAUAAUUCAAGUAGCUUGAGAUCGAGUUUUAUAUUUCCAAAAAUGAGUUCCAAGUCUCUCAUCUAUUCUUCAACGAGCUGGAAAAGCAGAGAUCCUUGCUUAUGGUUGAGAGUUGCCUUGGACAAGUUCAUUACCUUGAGGUCGAUUCAAAAGCUGUGUAAUAUUUGCUCAUGAACUCAACCCUUUAGCAGCUGUAGAAAGAAGCAUAAAGAGGCACUUUCAUCAGGCAC